CAUCCACCGUCGUGCAGUGACCCGGACGAAAUUUUGAAAAAAAAAUAUGUCGAUGAAAAACCACAACCAGAGAAAAGUUUUCCACUCUCCUUUCCCUCGGCGGAAAUACCUCGCUUUUUCGAAAUUUUAUCUCACAGUUUUUAGCCAACACGCUCCAAUAACCUCUCGCACACAGAACCAUGUGUCUCACCAGGCCGAUUUCGCUUGUUGUUCCCGCCCCGGUGGCGGUGAAAGAGGAGAAGGCGUCGCACGAGAAGAAACCCACGGCACAACACACGGCCAGUUUUUACGAUCUGACCACGCACGACCGCAACCUCGACACCGGCAAACCGCCGUGCGACGUCGAGUACGUCCACACUUCCGUUGGUGUCGCACAGUACAAUCUUGCCUUGCACGACGACCCCGAAGAUGACGACGCGCUGGACCACAUUGCGCCGCUCCUUGCACUCGCUGCCCAAUCACAGAAGAUCGUCCGUUGCUUUUGCGGUGAGGGUUCGACGCGGGUGCGCCCAAUCCUGGAAAUUGUGCUGUUUUCCCUGUUCGGCGUGGUCGCAGGCAUUUACGGGUUGCUGUUUCUCAUCGCGGAACUGCUGUUUGCGCCGCCACAACAACCGUUUCACUCCUCCGAUUUGCUCAGCGAUUGGUACCUAGAUGAGAGGGCGAGGACGCGGCAUCAAAAGGUCAGCAAGCUACUUCGCCCUUCAGGGGCGACGUUGGUGAACAAACCAUGACCCUGGAGGACUGGUAUCUCCACGAGGAGGCCGAUUCGAAAUCCACUGUUUCCACGGAUGCGCAUGAGAAGCAAACAACGUCAGCGAGGACCAGCCGAACCACUCUGACAACCUGGCGGUUUGUCCGGCACGGGGUCUACCAGAAGGAAGUCACGCUGCUCUGAUGGGGCCCAGUUGUCCCCUUUGGAGGUUCAUGCCGAGGUGUGCCUGAUUCUCGGCCUAAUUGAGCCUUUUCUGCCGAGCUUUCCCUUUACCUUUCGAACGAUUCAUUGCACUUACACGUACAGGAUUAUCUAUGAUUCAAGCGUUCUGCCUCUGCUGCACAAAUUUUCUAGUUUCAGCCUGCUCUCUUUUUAAAUCGAAAAAUGUCUAUCACACUGCUCAGGUAACCAACACACUCUACGCCUUUUGAUAUUUGAGAACGGGUUUUCAUAUUUGAAAAAACAACACGGGUCGACAGUCAUUGUAAUUCCAUUUUGCAGCAUAAUUCUUUUGAUAGCAUCAAGUUCAAGAUCUACAGUCAUGACGUUCUAAUGCCCAGCAAACACUUGCAAGUAUGUGCAAAAUGAAACUAUGUUUUUGCCUGAAUAAACGGGAAGUUGUUUAUUUCUAUGGUGCGCAGACGAAAGAAAAAUAAUGCACAGUCCAGAGGCGAAGUAGCGCUGUCAAAUUGAG